UAACAGCGCUCAGACGGAAAAUUUUGCGUUUGAAGACGUCACAUUUUGUUCGCUAAGUGCACCAGCCGACAGAUUCGUAAAUCGUAAUAUUCCACGGGAACACAUAAUUUAAUAUAUCAUAUGUGGAAUAAUGUACCUAAACGAAAUACCAUAUAAGUACUCGGUAGAAACGAAUUGGACGUUUUCCGAUUCGUAAACGUAUUCCGUAAUAUUCUCAGUGGUUUUCAGGAAACUACGUUUGAAGUAAUUAAUUUUCACUUAUCAAAUAUAAACACUGAAGAGGCUAUCAAUUAACUACCACUAUGAAAUUGAAUUCACGACACGUCUCCCAAAGAUGGGUGAUGGCCGGGAUGGGGAUGUUAGGUGUCACGAUGGCGUACGUGAUGCGAGCCUGCUUAGGCAUAACUCUCACUCAAAUGGUCAGGCCAGUGGUGGUGGUAGACGGAGGUGUGAAAUCCAUUCAGCACAACUACUGCCCGAUGCCACAGUCGUCGUCACAUGGCCACGCAAAGUCCAACCGGACAGCGAUAGCCGAGGACGAGUUCAAGAACCGGUUCGAUUGGGAUGAGAAGACGCAGGGUGAGAUCCUGUCGUCGUUCUACUAUGGUUACAUACUCACCCACUUACCCGGCGGCGUCUUAUCCCAGAGAUUUGGUGGCAAGCACACCAUGGGCUUAGGAAUACUGUCCACCGCAGUCUUCACUCUGAUGACUCCGUAUGUAGCGUACAUGGGCUCCAGACCACUGACGAUUCUGCGGUUCGUCGAAGGACUCGGAGAGGGAACUACCUUCCCAGCUCUCUGCACACUUCUGGCACAGUGGGCUCCACCCGAAGAAAAGGGAAAACUCUCCACAGUGGUAUUUGCAGGUGCUCAAAUCGGUAACAUUUUUUCAAACUUCUUGAGUGGUUUCAUCAUACAAUACAUACCUGGUGGUUGGCCUAAUGUCUUUUACUUCUUCGGUAUAACCUCGCUGAUUUGGUUUUUGCUCUGGUGCAUGUUCGUUUACAAUGAUCCGAACUCCCAUCCGUUCAUAUCAGACAUAGAGCGAGAAUACUUAAAACAGUCAAUCGGAAGCCUUGAAAGGAAAAAGGAUUUGCCCUCCACUCCAUGGAAGUCCAUAUUAACGUCGUGGCCAAUAUGGGCACUGAUUCUUAUUGAAGCUGGACAUGACUGGGGUGCGUUUACGAUUAUCAGCGAUCUCCCAAAAUAUAUGAAUGACGUCUUACAUUUUUCCAUUGGUGAGAAUGGCUUAUUGUCGUCAGUUCCAUACAUCGCCCAAUGGGUUACGUCGAUCUUAGCUGGAAUAUUAGCUGACUGGCUGAUAAGCAAACGAAUAAUGAGUGUCACUGCAGUUAGAAAAAGUUUUGCUAUCAUAGCAAAUGUCGGACCUGGUAUUGGUGUAAUGUGUGCUUCAUUUGUCGGAUGUGACAAAAUGAUUGCAACUUUUUGUUUUACUUUGGGUAUGGCACUAAUGGGAUUUUGUUAUCCCAGUAUUCGUGUCAAUACACUUGAUUUAUCACCCAAUUAUGCUCCAUCAAUAAUGGCACUCGUUAACGGUAUUGGUUGUUUAUCAGGAAUGGCUACUCCAUACAUCGCUGGAAUUCUCACACCAAAUAGAACAGUUUUAGAGUGGCGUUUUGUAUUUUGGAUUAUGAUGAUAAUAAUGACAGCAUCGUCUGUGCUGUAUGGGCUAUUUGGAUCCGGCGAGUUGCAACCAUGGGACGACUUAGAACAAUAUUAUCUAAAAGAAAAGGAAAAAGCAAAGAAAGGGUUACCUAUGGAUGAGAGAAUAAGUAUCGUUCAUUCAAAAUCUAUAGAAGAUGGAAAAUCGUCAAAUAAUUCGAAUCCUGACUAAUUAUUGAUUAGUUAUACAAAUUAAAAACUAUCCUAUCACUGUAAAUAAUAUUAUUAAUAUAAUAUGUUACCUAUUAGCUUAUAUUAGUAUUAUAUAAUGUGAAUAUUUAUUUUGGUUGUUAAUACUUGUUAUAUUUAGAAACAGUUUAUUAUUUUGAUGUUUAAAAAUAAUAAUCGAAAGAUAUAUCACAUUCGAACAUCAGGAAAAUUAAAUUUGUUUUAAAUUAGAUGAAAAUUAAAUUUUUAUUAAAAAAUAA